AGAGAGAGAGGUGAUCCUUAUUGACCAUGGAUUUUACUGAAAAAAAUUUGAUCUAAUAUUUUCAUGGAAUUUUUCAUCUCCGCCUGCAUAGAAACAUAUGCAGACUAUGAUUUCAGCAGUGAUUUAUUAAAGUGCUUUCCAAGGUAGAUAAAUCAUGAGUUUAUAUGAUGGUAGCUCCUUAAAUACUCGUAGAUAUAUGUAUUUCAAUGAAGGAAAAUCAAUAUAUAGAAAUGUAUACGUUUAAUUCUUUUGCAAAUGGAGUACAGGUUUAUGAAUUUCCAAGGGGCGUUUGAAAGCACCACGAUGCAAACGCGCAAUACACCAAUGCGCUCCCGACAACACCGGAAGUGACGUCAACGCCGCCGUGCGGCCGGACCAACGCGUCGAGCAUAGAUCGAGCUUCAAGCAGAGGUCUUUAUUACAGGAGCUCAAUUUGAGAAGAUUUCUGGUAGGACACAGGUCGUGGUUUGAAUCUGAUUCAAGGUGCUUGAAUGUCUCAGGCCCUUCCUGCGUCCAGAACAUGGUCAAACUUCUUCUGUCGCAGACUGAGAAGUCACCUGUUCAGACUGCACUUUACUCCCUGAAUCAUUCAAUAAAUAAAUACAAAACUAACAUCAAGCACUUGAAGCAGUUUUGCCUUUUUGAUAAAUGUAUAUGUCUCAUGAUUCUUGCACUUAAUGUGUUCAUGGUUGAAUGCACAUAUUGUAAAUCGCGUUGGACAAAAGCGUCUGCUACAUGAAUGUAAUUGAAUGUAUUGUUUUCAUUUCUAUUGUUUGCAAAAACUGACAUUUCAGUCAUUUAGCUGAUGGUCCAGUCCAGAUUUGACGUGGUGGUUUUCUAUCUGGAGCUGGUCCAAUACGGAGGACGGGUCGCUCAGCAUUGUAAGAUGAGUUUCUCUUAACUUUCCCUUUAGCUGCCGAAUGGGAAGCUAAGUUCAGGGUCGUCCAAGGCAGCGAAGACCAGGCAGCUCCGAGGAUUAACCCGCUGUGCGGACGUUUUGGGCAGACAUGGCAGCUAUGGCAGCCUUAAAGAUGACAUAUUAUGCAAAAAGUCACUUUCUCAGUGUCUUUGUACAUUAAUGUGUGUAUCUGCGGAGCCUGACGGCCCACAAACUGAAAAAAGACUAUUCUGUGUUUUUUUUUGUGAGCUGGCUAAACCCUGCAGCCUGGCUCUGAACAACUGGUUCAGAUUUCUCACCCACUGUGAUGUCACCGUCCAGCCUACAAUCUGAGAAUCUCCAUUUCUCUGGCGAAGGGGCGUGACAUCUGUCACUGGCACUGCGGCUGAGCGCCGGAGGAGGAGUUUGCUGAAGUCACUUCCACUCAGACGACGUCGGGCUCCGGACGUGAGUAGUGGUUCCGUUAUCUGACGAGCCGAUCGGAAUCCGGAGACGUUCCACUACCUGUGUCUUCUCUCUUCAGCCAUGGUUUCGUGAGAGCUCUGGACCCCCCUCGUUCCUGAGACGCUUCUGUCCUAAGGUCGGACUGCCUGCGUCCGGCCGUGACGUCACGCCCGCCUCGGUAACGAUGUGGCCCAGAGGAGACACUGAGACUGGAUACGACCCCAAUAAGACAGGCUCCAGCAGUGGUGGCUCUCCGUCAUGGGUCCCUGGCCACGAGUCGGCCUGGCACAAUCAGCCCCCUGGUCCUGGGAACAGUAUCUGUGGUGGGCGCCGCCACAGCACCUUGUCUGACAGCUGUGACACUGGCAUUGGCACCUACUACUCUGACAGUGUGGAAGACGACUCCGGCUCUAGUCCCACACCUUUGUCUUUCCACCCACUGUCUCAGCGUGUGUUCACCCACGAUGAUGAUGGUAUCCCCAUUGUCCACGUCUUGCCGUCCCCGUCCUCCUCAUCCAGCACCGCUGUGAAAAAACCUCCGUCCCCCAGCAGCACAGGUCACUGGAGCAGGCCCUCCCAGCUGCUGAGGCCAGCCGUCUCUCACCUGGGCGCUCCAAGCUAUCUUGACAUGAAGGACCAUCAGCCAAUCCGGAGGUGGUCCUCUCUCACCAAGUUGUCCUCCGGGACAGAUAAGGGUUCCAAUAGCACCUCAGGCUAUAAGUACAACCCAGAUUCACAAGGCUCCCUGGACAGAGGUCUGCUACAUGCGUACAGAAAGGAGCCCCUUGGUACAAAUGUGGACCUUUAUCUACCGCUGUCUUCUACCAUGCACUGCCAUAGCCUGCUGCAGCGCUCACCAGGUGCUGGCCCCUGCUACCGGUACAACCACAGUACUAGAUCCAGCGCUUUGGAAAUAGGCCUGUCCCUGUCCUCAACUCUGUCCUCACCCGUCAAACACAACAGUCUGGACAUGAGCUAUGGCGCUUUACCAGAGGCUAAACUGGGUCCGGGAGGUGGGCAGGUUUAUGGCCUCAGCUUACCCAAACACGGAGACUCACCGCUGGGUCAUCAGCCUGACAGAGCCUCCCCAAUUCAGCCGGCUGUCCGCACCCAGAUGUGGCUGACUGAGCAGAUGGAGUACAGGCCCAAAGCAGAGCAUCAGACCUGUGGUCCUGGAAUAGAGGGCUGUGGUGGAGAUGGGUCGUUGUCAUGGCAACAGGGACAUCAGCAGGAACCAGGACUUAACCAGAUGCUGACGGCGAUGUCCCUUCCUAUAAACACUCUGGUGAAGGUUAAAGAGGGGCUGCUGGGGCAGAGAGAGCUGGAGAUCAACAGACAGAAGCAGCAGAUCUUGCAGCUCCACGCCCGGAUCAGAGAGAAUGAGCUCAGAGCACAACAGGUCCUGCAGAGCCACAGAGGAUGGUCUGAGGACGACCACAUCCUAAACACCAAGGAGUCAGCGGUGAGGAUGCCGUGCAUCCAGCCUUCUGAGCGGCUGUGCUGUGAUGAGGAACUUGGUAGGAAGCUGGCAGUGGCCGAACUGGAAGUCCUCCACCUGAACCAGUUACUUAAGCAAGUCACACAGAAGCACUCCGAGGACGUCCGAAAACUGGAGGAGAAGAUAAAAACAAGGGAUCGCUACAUCACUAGUCUGAAAAAGAAGUGUCAGAGAGAGAGCGAACAGAGCCACGGUAAACAGCAACGAAUAGAGACUCUGGAGAAAUACCUUUCUGACCUGCCUACGCUGGAUGAGGUGCAGGCCCAGGCCCAGCAGGAGGAGGUAGAGCAGAAAGCCAAGGGUUUGGAGAAGACAGUGCGUCAGUUACAGAAGAGCCUGCAGGAGGGUUGUGCCUCGAUGAAGGAAAGAGACGUCAAGAUUCAGAUGCAGGCCAAGAGAGAGAAGGAGCUGAUUGCAUCUGUCCACAGGCUGCAGCAGAAGGUGCAGCAGUGUCUGGAUGACGGGGUGAGGCUGCCCGUGCAAGACCUGAAGCAGCUUGAGGUGGAAAAUACUCAACUUCUGGAGCAGCAAGACCACAGCAGCAAGUUGAUAGAGCUUCAGAAGGACAAGAUUGAGCAACUGACCCUGCAACUGACGGUGACCAGAACAAAGAUGCAAAAGAAAAGAGGCCAGGAGAUGCAGACGCCUCGGCAGGUGAACGAAGGCCCGUUGGUGCAGCCUCUGUCCCACGUGGAGAUGCCAGGAGUGGACCAGCUGCUGCGAGAGAUGUCCCGUUGUCUGCUGGACCUCCAGGCUCUGUGCAGCAUCCUGGCUCAGAGGGCUCAGGGGAAGGAGCCCAACCUGUCGCUGCUCCUGGGCAUGAAAUCACUGAGCGCCUCAGCGGAGGAGAGCGACUGCAGGGAGGAGGUGAGAGAAGAGCUCCGGUUCCAGCUGCUGGAGGUCGGCCAGCUGAGGAGAGACAUCGACGAUCUGAGGAGGAGCAUCUCUGAGCGCUACGCUGCGUCUCCCAGUGACCUGCAGCUCUGACGGCACCUCUCUAUGCCUCAGAGAUUUAAAGACCACAUGGAGAUUCAUAUUCAUUAUAACUAGAAUCAUAAGGUUCGGACCGAUUCAGGCUUUGUCACCAUCGUGGCGUUGUUUGAACGUGAUGAUGGAUGUCACCAGAGCUCGACCACAGGGACACUCAGUCUUCUGUGUCACAUACUGUAACAUACUGUCCUGAUAGCAGAAAGAAAGUGUGAAGUCCUCUCCAAACACAGAGUGAAUAAACAAACCUGAAGGGAAACCUGUGGAGAAAGAGCCUCGUUUAGUAUCUGAUCUGAUGUGACAGAUACAUGUAUCACUUUUACUAACACCACAUGCUUAUAGCUGCAUGAAGUAUUGGCCAGAUGUGUCUGUAUCAUAACUUUUUAAGGUUACAUGUCAGUGUUGUAUGUCAGCUGACCCAAAGUAUGUUUAUUUAAUGGUUUGAAAUAUUAUUAUUAUUAGAUGUUAUUUGACUGAAUAAGAAGAGAAAGGGCACAUUCAGACAUAUACAGUGCUAUGGUAAUGAAUAUGCAACGCAGUAUGAAACAACUAAGGGAAACUAUAUCAAGCACAAGUUCCGACCUCAGCAAUGAGGUUAGAAGUGUAAAUAAACUGUUAGAUAACUGCUAUAAACUUUCAUCUCUGUAUCUUCAUAUUCAAUAUCUACCUGAGGGAAGACAAUUCAGACUGAUCAGUGUAUACUCUCAUCAGGUAUUCAAUCAUGCCAUUUAUGAUUUCUAUUCCUCAUCUUCUCAUUGUUUCCAGUUAUUCUUGAGUCAUGCAGCCAAAGAAGCUGGAAGUCCGACAGCAUGAUGCAUGAUUUAUCAGAUGUGUAACUUACUGUGAGAUCAGGACGCUGCUGCCGGAUUCAACCAGCCCGCCGAUGUUUUCUUCCUCCGUUCUCAUUCUGAUACUCUUUCAGUUUUACUGUCAGAAUCUAUGAAUGCCAAAGGAUUGUUCAUUAAAAGUCAUGCUCCUAGAAAACAAAUGAUUUUGAUAAUACGGACGUUUGAUCAUGUUCAGAUGGCAAAUAAAAUAUUUUUCUAAAGAA